AGCCAGUCGAACGUCCCGGAGCCAUCCCGGCCUCUCUCUCCUCUCCUGACCGCGCCGCGCGAGGCAACACGCCAGCACCCUACCGCGUGCGUCCCGUUCCGUAUUCCGAUCUCCCACGCCUUCGCCGCCGACGAGGUUGGUGGGCUCGACGAUCCGCGGACGCGACUGACCUACCCAACGCGACCACAAAGGCUAGGGUUUCGCUCCGCGCGACCGGGGAUCGCGAUGGACAACAGGGAGAAGCCCCUGCCCGAGGCGGGGCAUCGGGGAGGCCCUGGCGGGGUCGCCGAGGAGGAAGCGGCGGCUGCGCAGGUCGGCGUCGACCCGGCGCCCGAUGUGACGGCGGCGAACGAGGGUGGUGGUGGCAGGAUCUUGGGUGGUGAGAAAGGGGACGCAGCCGAGGGGGUUGUGCAGGCCGAUGUGAAGCGGCCGCCUGGCGUGGGGGCGGCGCAGAAGGGUGGCGGUGAUGAGGUUGGCAAAGGUGACAUCAAGUCUGAGCCUGAUUCUGUGAGAUCGGAAUUUAACAGUAGCGCUGAUGGCUCAAUGGAUCCAUCGGCGGGCCAUGGUCACCAGGUCACUCAGAACAGAGCCGGGAAUGGGACACCAACUGCGGCUGAGUCCGACGAGGACGCUGAUCUCUUUGUAGAGGUAGAGCAGCAGGAGCUGGCUGGUUCAGAUCAGAGCGAGGAGUUUUUCGAUAAUGCAGAGGCUUUGGUGGCUGGAGAAUCUGUUGAUGUUGAGGGUGAUGCGAUUGAGGAUGGUUCACAUGCCGAGCUUCGUGUAGAGGAUGAUACCAUGCAUGAUGAGCAUCGGGAGCGCUUGGAGGAGGAAGCUAUGUUGACAGCGAUCAGGCAGUGUGUCACAGAUGCUGUUUUGGCUGAGCAUAUGGAGGAGCAUCCAGAGAAGGGUGGCGAAGAUGUUCCUGCAUGUGUUGGCAACCCUGACAUCCCCGUGAGUUCUAGUGGUGAACCUGAGCAUAUUAAAGAAGUUAAGUUGGCUGAUCAGAGCACAGAGCAGCCAGAAUAUAGCGAGGGAGAUAUUCCUACCCGUGAUAGCAAGCUUGAGGUACCUGCACAAUUUGGAGGUGAACCUGAUGUGGUGGUCGAGGAAUUGGCUGACUCAAACUCCUCUGAUGAUGAAAAUAAGGGUAGCUCUGCUUCUGCACGACCCUCUAGUGCUGCUGCAGGGCAUUCUAAUGGAUCCUCUUUACCUUCUCGCCCUGCUGGCCUUGGAUCAUCGACUUCCUUGUUACAACCUCCCGCUCGACCGGUUCAGCAGGUCCGUGCAAAUGGCCCGGUAGGUGUGGGAAGGGACACGCGGCAGGAUAUCGAAUCUGCUGGGGAUGACGGAGAUGAGAAUGAUGAAAUCCGUGAGAAACUCCAGAUGAUACGGGUUAAGUUUUUGCGUUUUGCUAAUAGGUUUGGGCAAACGCCUCAUAAUAUGGUGGUCUCACAGGUUCUUUACCGGCUCGGGCUGGCAGAACAGAUCAGAAGCAAUACAAAUACAGGUCAUGGUGUUUUUAGCUUUGACCGAGCACAAGAGAUGGCGGAGCGUCUUGAAGCUGCCGGAAAUGAGCCCCUUGAUUUGUCUUGCACUAUCUUAGUUCUUGGUAAAACUGGGGUCGGUAAAAGUGCUACUAUCAAUUCGAUAUUUGAUGAUGUCAAGCUGGAGACAGAUGCUUUUGAAUCCAGCACUAGAAAAGUUCAGGAAGUAGUUGGGAUGGUUGAGGGAAUCAAAGUAAAAGUGAUUGAUACACCUGGCCUUUCAUGCUCAUCUUCAGACCAACACUACAACCAGAAGAUUCUCAAUUCCGUGAAGAGACUUGUCAGCAAAAGUCCUCCUGAUAUUGUUCUUUAUUUUGACAGAUUGGAUAUGCAGAGCAGGGACUAUGGUGAUGUCCCUCUGCUGCAGACCAUUAGCAAAAUAUUUGGAGCCUCGGUUUGGUUCAAUGCCAUAGUCGUGUUAACUCAUGCUGCAUCAGCACCACCAGAUGGGCCGAAUGGUAUUCCUCUUAGCUAUGAGAUGUUUGUCACCCAGAGAUCCCAUGUAGUCCAGCAAGCUAUAAGGCAAGCAGCUGGCGAUGUUCGUCUUAUGAAUCCAGUCUCCUUGGUGGAAAACCACUCAGCGUGCAGGACAAAUAGGGCAGGCCAGAGAGUGUUACCAAAUGGACAAGUCUGGAAGCCACAGUUGUUAUUGCUCUGCUUUGCAUCAAAGGUUUUAGCAGAGGCCAAUGUGCUUCUCAAGUUGGAGGAUAGUCCCACUGGUAAACCUUCUAAUGCGAGGAUUCCCCCGCUUCCUUUCUUCCUUUCUUCACUUCUUCAGUCUCGAGCCCCAGUGAAGUUACCGGAGGAGCAGUUUGGUGACGAUGAUGAUCUUGAAGAUGUGGUAGAUGAUUGUGGUUCAGAUGAUGGUUCAGACUAUGAUGACUUGCCUCCUUUUAAGCGCCUUGCGAAGUCUCAACUUUCAAAGCUGAACCACGCACAGAGGAAGGCAUAUCUUGAGGAGCUAGAUUACAGAGAGAAGCUAUUCUACAAAAAACAGCUGAGAGAGGAACGGCUGCGUCGUAAAAUGAUGAAGAAAAUGGCAGCAGAAGCCAGGGCUCGAACAGAUGAUUUCAGUAACAGCAAUGUUGAUGGUGAUGACAGUACUCCAACCAAUGUUGCUGUGCCUAUGCCCGACAUGGUAUUGCCCUCAACUUUUGAUUCUGACUAUCCUAGUCAUCGCUACCGUUUUCUGGAUACGCCAAGUGAAUGGCUUGUCAGGCCUGUGCUGGAGACCCAGGGCUGGGAUCAUGACGUUGGUUAUGAAGGUCUAAAUAUUGAAAGAUUAUUCGCUGUCAAAGGUAAGGUCCCUUUAUCUGUGUCUGGACAACUGACAAAAGACAAGAAGGAUAGCUCCCUGCAAAUGGAGGUUGCAAGUUCAGUUAAGCAUUCCGAGGGUAAAACAACUUCACUCGGACUUGAUCUGCAGUCUGUUGGCAAGGAUAUGGCAUACACUAUUCGUGGCGAGUCGAGAUUCAAGAACUUCAGGCGCAAUAACACAGCUGCUGGCAUAUCUGCUACGCUCCUUGGAGAUUCUGUAUCAGCUGGUGUGAAGAUUGAAGACAGACUGAUCGUGAACAAGCAGCUGCGGCUUUUAGUAAGUGGUGGCGCUAUGAGCGGGAAAGGAGAUGCAGCUUAUGGUGGCCGCCUCGAAGCAACACUGAGAGACAAAGAUUACCCAAUAGGGCGUAUGCUUUCUACUCUCGCGAUUUCGGUUGUAGAUUGGCAUGGGGAUCUGGCAGUUGGUUGCAAUGUCCAGUCUCAGAUUCCUGCUGGAAGAUCUAGCAGCUUGAUUGCCAAUGCGAAUCUAAGCAACAAGGGGACCGGGCAAGUCGGCAUUCGCCUAAACAGCUCCGAGCAUCUCCAGAUCGCACUCAUUGCCUUUGUGCCUAUAUAUCAGAACAUCAGAAAGUUAUUAGAGAAGUACUCUGAAUCUGCCUAGUAUUAACUAUCUUUAUAGGCCUGAAGCGACAGCGACAACAGCACAAAGCAUAAAUUGGAACGAUCUAUUUACUUCUUUAUUCAAUCUUUGCCAACUUUGUAAAAAAAAUUUAUCUCCUUUAGCUCGAUUUGAUGAAAUUGGAUUUUCGAAUACAUCCUCUGUCAAACGCUUUCUGGUAUUAUCCUCGCUGUUUUCAUACCUGUCCACCAGUCGCUGGUGCCCCCCUUCUCAUACACAAAUGUGCUGGCACUGCAUACCUGUUUCUUCCUGAUAUCUGAGUUUUUCUGCAUAUUACCAAAAAUGCACUAGGGGUAUAAUAAUUUUGAACAACAACCCAGUUUCUUAGCCGUGUAAACGGCAAAGCCUCUGUUUGUGACUGCUGAACUGUGUGCGUGGCAAACAUGACUACAAGAAUCCAACAAGAAUAGAGGCUAAUUUCACUUUCGUGCCAUUUGUACAUUUUAUGCUGUCGCUUCUGCUGUGAGGUUAUAAUUUCUAUCUUUGGUACCUUUCCUGUGGUAAUUCAAGAACAAGUAAUAUCACCUUUCUUUUCCUGCUUGGAAACUGAUUUAUUGGAUUUUUGGGGUAAGGGGUUAACUACCUCUAGCUUGGAUGUUAGAAAUGUUUGCUGAGAAAUAAUCUUCUAUAUCUAAGUAGGAGAACCCCACUACUUGAUUUCUCUCAACAUGCAAGCAUGCCACAUUAUCACAUCAUUAAUUUGUUCACACCUAUUUAGUGAGAAACUCAUAUUUUUUGCACAUGCAGGCAUGCUGCUUCUAUCAAGCUAUCCCCACUUAGUGAAGAAUCUAUCGUGCAAUUUCAUUAUAUGUUUCAUAUUGUGGAUAAUCUUUUGUUGCUACUCAAGUUCACUCACGUAUGUUAAAGUAAAAAUUUCCGCAACGUGCGGGGCAUCAUCUAGUUCUGUACAAAUGAGGAGACAUCUAAUCUGACAAAUAAUUCUCCCGUUCGGUUUACUUUUCCUUUUUACAUCAAUGUGGUUUAGUUGUUUAAUUGAUUGUGUCGUGUGGUUGUAAAUUGAUAGAGCUGUGCAACAAAUGAAACUUCUGAUGCUACUUGGUACUGUUUUAUCCGAAAGAAUUAAUAUGGUCUGUCAGUAUUGAACCAGUCAUGGCCAAACAAAUAUAUAGCAGUGAACAAUUAUGGGAACUUGGUUGUAAGCUGAGUAUUUCCUCCUACUUGUUUAUUGGCCUCAGAUCCUCAUAUAUCCAAUAUUGUGACAGGAAGAUGGUCUUGCCCGGAUGUUUUAUGCCUUUAAAUCCACAUGGGACUACAGCCUCUGUGAGUAUGCCUCUCAAUCCUCCCAUUUGCCUCCUUCAUCUGUGGUUGGAUUUUUUUUACGCAAGGUGGGAGCUCUCCACUUCUUGGUCGGCUUCACUGGCUCGAUGUGGUGACUCUCAUGGAUUCACAGAGACUACCCCAAAGCAGUGGCUCCGUCACACUGAUUUGGAUGGUUGAGCGAUGCUGCCAGAUCCUCACAAAGUGUAUCUUGUCUAGGUGGCUUGCUACUGCAUGCUCGAGAGACCCACAGCUUGCAGGUUCGAGUCCCACCAUCCAACCUAUUUUGUAUUCUAGAAGGAAAAAAAAUGCCAAUCUGCCAAGCUACUGUGCUGUACUGGCUGCAGCACCUGUGCGCUCACUCCCUCAACUCCGUGCUUGUGCUCCAGGGCAACUCUCCCACUAAUCCACCAAGGACCAGGUAACACAUGACUGUUUGUUCUCUUAUUGCAUCUUAGUGUAUCUGAAUGGAUUUGUGUAUCUGAAUAACCAUGUAAUGGAUGUCUGCUCCUUGCAAGUUCGUGUCCUUGUCAAAUUUCAUUAUUUGCUUGCGAUGGUAAAUGGUGAUCUAGUGCAUUCAGAUUUCUUUGAUUACCAGAUUUGGUGAUUUUCCUCUUGUACGGAGACCAUGUAUGCAGUCCUCAUCAUUAGUGUUAUAAUACAAUAUGCUGUCAUUAGUUGCCACUGCAUGUUGACACAAUCUAGUGUUUUCUGGCUUUUUCUAAGAUCUCAUUUUUGCUCCUACUUUGAAAGCGAAAAAGAAAGUUGUACAUGUCAUUGACUUUGAGGUACUGCAUGACUACUCUAACAGAUGCCAUUUUGAUUGUGACUGAUUUAUCUGAAUGCCAUGUAGUGCGUGAUGCAUGUUGUUGAUAGUGGAUUUUCCAAGCAGAAGUGAUAACCCGGUACAUUAUCUUCGUUCUAUUUUUUUUCUUCAAUCUGGCUAUCAUAGAUAUAGCUUUACUUUCGUUUCUUUUCAUAGUAUAUUUUUGUGUGAAAUCCUGAAAUUUGAAUGCCAACUGCUGCAAUGAUCUUCAGACUGUGGCCUGCUAGUUCCCAUUCAAUUGUGCAUCCAUAAGAAAACCCCUUGACUAGUUGACUUGCAAUCCAGUAACUAAUCUCUAUCUGUAAAAGCAAUCCAGAUGAGUUAAUUAAGGACCGUUAUCAUUAUUUGCUUAUUGGAAAUAUAAUGGACCUGUUAAUAUUUUGAAGUUAUCUAUGACAUACUUCAGGGCUAACACAUUACUUGUGGCAUUGACCCUCAUCCAUCUUUAAGCUGGACUGAGCAAUCAAAACCGAGAUCAAAUUGUUUUGCUGUAGUUUUUUCUACCAUGUUUGCUUCGUUUGGUCUUCUUUGUUGCAGUCUCCUUUCGCAAAUUUCUGACAUCGAGAAGUAUAAAGUGUUGAGCAGUUCCGCGUUAUUGACGUAUAAGGUGAUGGUUAUGUUGUAUGCCGUGCUCAAUUGUGGUGAUUUUGAGCAAUUUACUGAUUGGACCACGUUUGGAGGGAAAAGAAUGCAAGUGCUUAUUUGAAUAAUUAUCCUACUCGUAUAUAUGUCCCUGUGAGAUGACAUUGGUCUGAUGAAAUGGGAUUCAACUUGGAUUUUCUUCUCUUGUUCUUUUUAGAGAAAUUACAUUUUCUUAGGGCACAAUCUUGCAAAUGGAGAGAAUUUUACAUAUGAAUAAACUUAUGGCUUUCCUA